GCUCACUCAGCCGUGAACGACGAUUCACUGUCGUCGACACAACUUUUGCCAUGAAAACAGUGGAUUUUUGUAAUGCAACCUGUUUUCGCAAGCGUCAAAACAGUACUAUUAUAAGCGUGAUAUUUUAUUAUCUUAUCGGCGUAGAUUAUGUACACAAGUGUUGGUUUUGUACCGUGUAAUGGACAACACAUUAGUUACCAGCACUCAAAUGGGUUUCGUGUGAUUACUACUGAAUACAACGAAAAUAAUAUAACCAACAAACGUAUGGAACGUGAACGUAAGGAGUUGACAUUGAGUUUCCAUAACUUAAUCAAACGAGGUACAGUGUUCUAUGUUUGAAUUUGUUUUUCUUUUUCUUGUUAUGAGUGGCCAGUGUCAUUACAAAGUGAGUGAUAAAAAGGUUUUAAUGGUGAAUUUAACAGUGCGUUAUUUUGUGCUUUAUUGUUUCUUCAAUUGUUUUCUUAGCGGGUGUGAUUUUCAAGAAUGGUUAAUUCCAGUGUUGUUUUAAUCUUUUAACGUUUUGUCUUUAAUGUAAAAAGAAAUAUCAGUAAGUAAAACUAUAGCAGGAAGUUAUUCCUAUAGAACGAAAAUCUUUAAAUAUUCUUCUGAAUUUUGGAACAUGAGCAACUCUACGGUUACACAAACUACGGGAUGGACACCCCUACCCCAGCGGCGUCCGGUUCGGGCGACUGUCUACAAGGAUUCUUUCCUACCAUGGACUCCCUAAGUCCGGGCCUGGAUUCCGACUUCGAUGAGAGCUUGGCCGUACCUGAGUCGUUGUCGGUCAUCGACGCUGAUAAAGUCGAUAAUAAGGAGGGGAACUCUAGUGCACCAAGUCAAACAACAGUGCCAUUCAAAGCGGUCCAUUAUCCGCCAGUGAAAUUUAGUUCGGUGCACAGGAAAGUAUUCAUUCCGGGAGUGGAAAUAAAGGUCAGAUUCAUAGAGAACGAACGGAGCGUGACAACACAUUUGCUGAAUCCUAAUCUAUACACAAUUUACCUGCAACAUGGCGAAUUCAACUGGACGAUCAAGAAGCGUUACAAACACAUAUUAUACCUUCAUCAACAGCUCACCUUAUACCGUGCGUCACUCGAUAUUCCCUUCCCCACAAAAACGCAUAAAACUAGGAGAGCUAGCUUUAAGAAUACUGUGGAUACUGAAGAGAAAGCUGAAAGAGUGGCGUUGCAAGCAGUGCCGAGGAGUAAUUCUAAGAGGGCGUUGAGGCCUAGGAAGAGAAAAGGUGCUUUGCCUAGGUUCCCCAAAAAGCCCGAAGUAAUGGUGACAUACGAAGGCAUCCAGCUAAGAAUGAAGCAGCUAGAAGAAUACCUAUAUAACCUUCUCAACAUCUCAAUAUACAGGAACCACCACGAAACGGUAGAAUUCCUAGAAGUAUCGAACCUAUCGUUUAUAUCUGAACUCGGCAGUAAGGGCAAGGAAGGCAUGAUCAUGAAACGCACCGGCUCCACGCAGCCCGGACAGGCGGGAUGCAACUGCUUCGGCCUGCUCGGCAAUAUGGUUUGUGUGAGAUGUAAUUACUUCUGCACGGGUUUAGUAUGUGCGAAGUGGCAAGAGCGAUGGUUCUUCGUGAAGGAUACUUUCUUCGGCUACGUGAGACCGAGGGAUGGGGUCGUCAAAGCUAUCAUGUUGUUUGAUCAAGGGUUUGAAGUAUCAAGCGGCAUGUACUCGACGGGCUUGAACCAUGGUCUGCAAAUCCUGAACCAAAGCCGGCAGAUGGUGAUCAAAUGUUGGACCAAACGCAAGAGUAAGGAGUGGAUGCAGUAUCUUAAAGCUGUUGCUAAUCAGACUGCUCGAGACUUCACAUUCCCCAAUCUCCACCACUCGUUCGCCCCGCCUCGCGCGGCCACCCCGGUGGGCACCCUGGUGGACGGCUCGGCGUACCUGUCAGCUGUCGCCGACGCCAUGGAGCUGGCCAGGGAGGAGAUCUUCAUAGCUGACUGGUGGUUAAGCCCUGAGAUAUAUCUGAAAAGACCCGCUUUGAACGGCAGUUAUUGGAGACUUGAUACGCUUUUGAAGAGGAAAGCUGCGCAAGGUGUAAAAAUAUUUAUAAUGCUGUACAAAGAAGUGGAGAUGGCGCUCGGUAUCAACAGUUUCUACAGCAAAAGUAGAUUAGCUAGCGAAUAUAUUAAGGUAUUCCGUCACCCGGACCACGCGAAAGCCGGCGUCCUGUUCUGGGCGCAUCACGAGAAGAUAGUCUGUGUCGACCAGACCGUCGCCUUUGUGGGCGGCAUCGACCUGUGCUAUGGACGCUGGGAUGAUUAUAAACAUAGACUAACAGACCUCGGAGACGAGGUACAACCCAAAAGUCUAAUACGAACGAAGAAGAAGACGUCCAGCUCUCCCGGCGGAGGCCUGUACCUCCCGCACAGCAACGGACUCGAAGCUGCCAUGGAACUCGCCAAGAGUUCCAAGGAUCUAGUCAUCAGUUUAAACGACGCAACAUUAAAAGACGACACACAAGAAGAAAAAAAAGAAGGCGAACAAGAAGUACCUGAAACAAGCGAAACAGAAAGCAUUCCAAAGAACCUUCCAGUCUUAGAACCAGGAGACCAGCUCCUCAUCACAUCCGCCACACAACAGCCACAGCCACAAGACAUCAACAGACUCGAAUCACCCGAAAUACAAAAACGGAACGUUCUAGAUAAAAUUACUGACAGAGGAAAAAACAUCAUCAGCAUACUUUAUCCCCCUUACGAAGAAGAAAGAAAUGAACAGAAAUUCGAUGAUUCGGAAAGAAAGAAAGCUGAGAAAUAUGCUCUUUCUACUGAUCAAAUAUUGUUAACUGAUGCUUUGGGAAUAAAACCUGUGGAAGUUUCAACGAGGCAUGUGAGUCAACCGACCCCGUUAGCUCAAGUUGUUGAAGGAAGAGUCAUAACUGAGAAAACUAAGGAAGCGUUAGAGGAUAUAGAAGGGAACUCGAAACUGUGGAUAGGGAAAGAUUACACCAAUUUUAUCGUUAAGGACUUUAAUAAUUUAGAUCUGCCUUUUGUAGACUUAGUGGACAGGAAGUCAACCCCCCGCAUGCCGUGGCACGACGUUGGCGUCGUUGUGCACGGCGCCGCCGCGCGGGAUGUGGCGCGGCACUUCAUACAACGGUGGAACGCUAUCAAGCUGGAGAAGGCCAGACAAAACCCAAACUACCCUUACUUGCUGCCGAAAGCGUACAUCGACAUCAAACCUCUUCACGAUCUGGACAAAGUGCUCGAAUGUGACAUCAAUAACGUGUCUUGUCAGGUACUCCGCAGCCUAUCGAGUUGGUCGGGAGGCUUCCUGGACCCCGACACGGUGGAGCAGAGCAUACAUGAAGCGUACGCCGACACUAUAACAAGGGCACAACAUUACGUUUAUAUUGAGAAUCAGUUCUUCAUUACUUUGUCGAGGUCCAGUCUUACUGUGCGGAAUCAGAUAGGCGAAGCGCUAUACAACCGUAUAAUGCGAGCGUUUCGCUCGGGCUCGACGUUCCGCGUGUUCGUGGUAAUGCCGCUCUUACCCGGCUUUGAAGGUGAAGUGGGGGCCCCGUCCGGGACGUCGCUACAUGCUGUCACGCAUUGGAACUAUCAGAGCAUUUGCCGGAGUCGCGAAGCCAUAAUAACCCGUCUCUACGAAUCCGGAGUACCUGACCCCUUCGAGUACAUAACCUUCCACGGUCUACGAACGCACUCAGUGCUGGGCGACGAACCAGUGACGGAACUCGUAUACGUACACUCCAAGUUAUUGAUAGCUGAUGAUAAGACGAUAAUAUGUGGCAGUGCUAAUAUUAAUGAUAGGUCCAUGAUUGGGAAGAGGGAUUCGGAGAUUGCUGUGCUUUUGCAGGACGAGCAAUUCGUGGACGGCACAAUGAACGGGGAAGCAUUUCCGUGCGGCCGCGUCGCCGGGGCGCUGCGCAAGCGACUCUUCCGCGAACACCUCGGCCUCAUGGGGCAGGACCUGGACAGGGCAGGGAUAUCACUCGACGACCCCUGCUGUAAGGAGUUCUAUAGAAACGUGUGGAAAGCCACGUCGAAAAGGAACACUGAUUUGUAUGAAGAUGUGUUCCACACAAUACCAACAGACGCAGUACACUCUUUCGCCGAACUAAAGAAAUAUCAAGAAGAGAACCAGAACCUUUGGAACACAGACCCAGCCCUCGCCAACAGAAAGAUAGACUUAAUCCAAGGAUACCUAGUAGAUAUGCCUCUAGAAUUCCUCUGCAACGAAACCCUGACUCCAAGAAACACGUCUAUGGAAGGCAUGAUGCCAACCUCACUUUGGACCUAGUAGCUUUACAAUGAAGUCUAUAUUACAUUGCCAUAAGUUGAGACUUAAAUUGCCUUGUCAUAAAUUAUUACAUAAUUCUUAUGAAAUAUUUAGGCCUUUUAUCGACAACAUAAACGUCUGCUUUUUAAACAAAUUAUUUUUCGAUUGAAAAAAUAAUGGGUGUAUAUAUGUAUGUUGUCAUUUAAAAUGGGCCUUAUACUUUGUUAGUUUACCUACCUCUGGAUAACGUAAAAAGUUAAGUAAUUACUAGAAUUAUUUGAAGUGGGGUAAUCAUAAAGCUACUUUAUUUUAAGUUAUUUCCAUUUUAUUUUAUUCUAAGAAGCAUUCAUUCCGAUUUAUAAUCUUAUUCUGUCCAAUUAUUAUAUAAUGUUUUAUUGAUGUCUCGUUUUCCUUCUUUUUUUUCUGUCUUUUGUUCUUUUUUUAAAAAUAGAAAUGGUAUAAUUAUAUGUUAAAUGUUCGGUUAGUUAGGUAAUUGAAUAUGGCCAUUUUGUGUCGAUGCUAGGAUAAAUAUGAUUCAAGUUACAAUGUUCACCUUUGGAUUAUGAUUAUACAUACAUAGAUUAAAAUAAUUAAAAUAUUUGGGUGUGACGUAUGUAUCUUUAAUUAUUUGGUGACUAUCUACAUUUAGUUCCUGAAACAAAGUAUUCACUUAUUUUUGUAAGUGUGACAAUUCAUUGAGUAAAAAAUUAAGAGGCGAGUACUAAAACCUCUUUCUUAUCAAUAGCAAUAAAACUAAGAUUUUUUUAUAGUUACCUACCUAGUGCCUACACAAGUGAUUUCAUUUUAAAAUGGCGCAAAUUGAUGGGAAUUCUAUAUUUAUUUCGAUUAUUCGUAUAUGUGCUUGCGUUUUUUGAUGUUGCCUUUAACUGUAGAUUAUAAGAAUAAACGUAAUCAUUGAUGUGUGCAUAAUAAGUGGAAUUAGUGACGUACCUCAAAUUAUCGAUAGGGUAAAAGGGAAUGUGUGUGCAAUUUUAUUUAUUAACUUAUCGAUAUUGUUUUUAAGAAUUUAACUGUUGUUUCUGAAAGUGAGUUUUAGAUGAUCUGAAGUAGUUUUCUACAGAGAUUCCAUAUUUUUUUAGUUGUUUUUAAUAUUAAUUCUGUCCAUAGUUUUAAUAACUUAACAAGUCUUUUUUGUAUUUUAUUGAUUGACUUAUUGCAACAAUAAUACUUUUCCUUGUUUUAUAUACUCUUAUGAUUGUAAUUAAUAUUUAUAUAAUUUAUUGUAUUAAUUUGUCUACAAACGCAUUAUAAACUAUACAAUGCGGUCUACAAAAGCAUUUAUCUUUCCUAUCAGCCUAUGAGAGUCUAUAUUGAUGUCAGAAUUAAAAGGAAACUUAUGUAGAUUCUUUCGGUUUCUUAUGAAUAUUACUUAUGGAAAAUUCCUUUCCUUAUGUCAACUAUGGUUAAAAUUAAUCUUACAGCUUAUAUGUGUUUUACUAAAUCAAUGAUUUUUCUAUGUGUUCAGAUUUUAAUAGACUUGUACAGUAUUAUUAUAUUCCUGUUACUAUAAUACACCUUCUGCCUGAAAUAUUACUAAUUUCUUUGUUGAAAUAUUUAUCUAUAAUCUUUCCAAUCAUUCCUUCGCAAUAGACUUAUCAUUCCAAUUGAAACCACCGCUUCUCUUAUUUAUGUUUUUUUUACUCAAUUUACGAUUUACAAAAAACUGUGUUUAACUACUAUUUUUUUUUUUAAUAUAUUACCUCCCCACUCAGAGACAUUUAAUGAUUACUUAAGUCACUCCUUAGUGACGGAAUGUCAUACAAAUCCUUCACUAAGGAAUGGCUUCAGUAACCAUUAAAUGACUGAGUGGGGAGGUAGUUAAAAACAAAUAAUAUUGAACAAUUUGUGACUCAAAUGACGAGUCUUCACCUAUGACCAUAUAAAAUAGCUGUUGUAUUCCGAAGCGCAAAUAUACGCGAGAUACAAUUGAUUUUCUAUUGUUUUAUAAUUAGCGACUUACAAGCAGUGCUUUUAAACUAUCUGGUGCCUAUAAAAAGAUUGAAAAGUGAGCAACCACAAAGCAAGUCGAGAACUCUACUUAGCUUAAGUAUUGUUUUAACUUAUAAUAAUUAUUAUAGGUACCUAAAUAAUUUUUAAAUAAUUAUUUUGAGAUUGUUCAUAAAUCCUGCUGUGGUGCAAAUACUAUUUAUUUCAAUUUUGGAUUUUAACAGAGAUUUAUAAUAAUUUAAUGUUUUUAAUAAUUAUGAUGGUAAGUGUAUGUUAAUGUUUGAAAAGAAUCUGUGAAAUGUGUGUUGUCUGGUAUUAAAAAAUAUUUGUCUAUGAA